AUGGCGAACACUAACUUGGAAGAUGUUCCCUCUCUGGAUCUCAUGACUGAGCUCCUUCGUCGCUUCAAGUGCUCCUCCAAACCUGACAAGCGCCUUAUUCUCGUUGGCCCACCUGGAUCUGGAAAAGGUACCCAGUCGCCAAUAAUAAAGGAUGAGUACUGCUUAUGCCACCUAGCUACUGGUGAUAUGUUACGAGCAGCUGUUGCAGCCAAGACUCCUCUUGGUGUCAAGGCUAAAGAAGCUAUGGAUAAGGGAGAACUUGUUUCUGAUGACUUGGUUGUUGGGAUUAUAGAUGAAGCAAUGAAAAAACCAUCAUGUCAGAAAGGUUUCAUUCUUGAUGGUUUCCCAAGAACUGUGGUCCAAGCACAAAAGCUUGAUGAGAUGCUGGAUAAACAGGGAGUGAAAGUUGAUAAGGUGCUCAAUUUUGCAAUUGACGAUGCAAUCCUUGAGGAGCGAAUUACUGGUCGCUGGAUACACCCAUCCAGUGGCAGAACAUACCACACAAAAUUUGCCCCUCCUAAGGUUGCUGGCAUUGAUGAUGUUACUGGUGAACCACUUAUUCAGCGCAAGGAUGACACUGCAGCUGUUCUCAAGUCGAGACUGGAGGCAUUUCAUAAGCAGACCGAACCGGUUAUUGAUUACUAUUCGAAGAAGGGCAUUGUUGCUAAUCUUCAUGCUGAGAAACCACCAAAAGAGGUGACAAUUGAAGUGGAGAAAGUGCUGUCUUAA